AUGAUUCCCCACGACGACAGAGUUACUGGACAGACGCGGGAGCAAUAUGAUGCCAAUACGGGUGCCGAGGGCCUUGACGAUAGGCCUCAUCAUCAGCGUGGAUCAAAGGAGAUGGACUAUGGGCGCAAACGUAUAGGGCAGGUAGAGAUGCCUAGAGCCGUCCAGGACGCUAUCCGAGCAAUACUCGAUGAACAAGACAAGUCGCUAGUCAGAACAGAUGCACUCAGGUUGUAUGGAUCGCUGAGCGGAUCUGGGGAUGUGGGGUCUAAAGGCGACAAGCCUGUUCUGGCGCACAUUUUGGAGUACGGCUACCGAGAGUCUACGGCCUACAUUGCUGCAAUAGCGCCUACGACCUACAGUGCGAUCAAAAACGUGCUCGAGGAAGUGAAUCGACGUAUUCCUGACCUGCAGCCCAAAACCUGCUUGGACUUUGGAACCGGACCCGGAACAGCCAUUUGGUAUGAAAGACAACUCAGGUACACGGGAAUUGAUGCAUCCAUGUCCAUGUUAGAGACUGCGGAGGAAAUUUUGGGCUCAAUGGCGACAGCGGGGGUGGCUAUUCCCAAUGUCACCUUUAAACCAUUCCUCUCGCAUGGGUCUCAGAGCACAAAGCACGAUGUUGUUAUCAGCGCGUUUACACUGAGUGAGCUCACAACACCUGCGCUCCGAAAGUCGACACUGGAGCACCUUUGGGAUUCGACGAACGAUUUGCUGAUUCUGAUUGACCGUGGAACGCCCAGUGGAUUCAAAACUCUUGCAGAAGCGAGGGAGCAGAUUUUGGGCCUCGACCUGGAUCGUUGCCCUCAUGAUAAGGUUUGCCCUAUGUAUACGUCUUUGGCACGUGACUCUCAAUGGUGCCACUUCUCUCAAAAGGUCCAACGGCCCGACUUCCUGCGCAAGACAAAGCAUUCCAAGGAGAAUUUCGAGGACUCCAAGUACACAUAUGUCGUCUUGCGCAAGGGAGCUCGUCCAGUGUUUACCCCAACAUCAGACAUGUUUGCAGCCUCACACUUGUGGUCCCGCAUUGUUGUACCGCCGCUCAAGAAGGAUGGACAUGUAGUGAUCGACACAUGUGCAGCUAAUGGAUACCUGGAACGCAUUAUUAUCCCUAAAUCGCAAGGCAGGAUCCCCUACAGAGACGCUCGCAAGGCCAUGUGGGGUGAUCUAUUCCCACAUGCGCCCAAGAACAAGCCAGUGAGGAAAGAUACCGUUAAGAACAUGACCGACGCCGAUAGAGAGGGAGACGAGGCAGCAGACGAGGAUGGGAAGAGCAUCAAGAGGAGACCGCUGGGAGUCGGUUCUGAAGCGCUUCAGAAGCGGGCAAAGCAAAAGGAGAAGAAGCAAAGUCGACAGAAAGUUUCGUUGGACCAGAUUGAUGGCACCAAGAGCAGUCGAAAGGGCAAGAAGGGAGGCAAAGACGAGGACGUCUUCCUUGAGCUGUAA